AAGGCUUAAUGCAAAGAGUAACUUUUGAAUCGACCUUGAAGUCUAGUUUCACUUGUUUUUCUAUGGUACAAGUAGAAUGGGUAAAACAGACAUAUAGGUAAUUAAAUACUCACGUUAGAGAUGGAAAUAAAACGACUAACCUUCCACAAGAAUUAGAAGGAAUAUCGUGUUCGAGCAGAAGGAAGACUGGGUUCAAACCUAAGUCGCGAAGAGCUUGAGAACUAGUCUUCAAAAGACGAAAUGGCGGCAAUUUGCUGGUAAGUGUUUUUGCAUAAAAAUGGAAAAAUAUCCAAAUAUUGUCCGACAUUAGCAUAUCCUUGUUUAACCAGUCGUCUGGAUGAAUUUAGAACAUCGGUUUAAAGUCCUACAGAAACGGAAAGAUAACGAUCCAAUCAUUUGAACGUCACCUUACAAAUUCGUCCGACCUUGUCAGACUUGUCACAAAAAUUUUCAACGUGAUAAUUCUUUGUUUCAGUACAUCGCGCUGCUUGAAAUGGCAAACGCACGUCAAAUACGAUGGCAUUUGAUCAUGGAUAUUGUUUGCCUUGUCGUACUGGGGAUUGCAGACAUGUUGUUUCACGUAAUCCCUAUAAAACCAUCUCACAGGGGAUUUUUUUGUGACGAUAAAAGCUUGCAGAAGCCAUUCCAGAAAGAAACCAUUCCAACAUGGCUCACGAUCAUUGUUGGGUUUUUUGUGACGAUUCCUGUGAUGAUUAUUUGUGAAGCAGUAAAUGCAAGAUCCAAGAGAAGAAAAACUGAUAAAGAACUCAGCAAGAUCACUGUCAAAUGUGGGCCAUUAAAAUGGAAUCCAUCACCAUGGCAGAGAAGAACUAUUUUCCGUGUCUUCAUGUUUGGCUUUGGUGCACUUGUUACAAAUCUGUUUACUGACAUGGGUAAAGCAACCGUUGGAAGGCUGCGACCAUACUUCAUUACAAUCUGCAAACCUAAUAAAACCCUACUGAACUGUAGUCAAGGCUAUAUAACUGAGGAUAUUUGUACUGGGGAUCCCAAAGACAUUCUAGAGGCAAGUACUAAAGACGAUAGCUUCGAAUACCUUCUCCCCAUAAAGUUUAUGAACGCAUUGCCAUGUCACAAAAUGGCUUCGAACGUCAAACUUAUCAACUUCGUGUUCGAUUCUAUUUGUUUUAUGGUAGUUCUUAUUGUUUUCAUAGUGAUCAAGAUCACUUUAUACGGUACCACAAAGGGGCUAUACCCGACUAAACAGGGAUUUCUGUGUGGGGAUACAAGCAUUCAGAAGCCACUUAAAGAAGAUUAUUUGCGCCACGAAGUUGUCUGUUCACUCUCAUAUAUCAUUCCGAUAGUUGUGAUACUGAUUGUUGAGAUCAGUAAUAACAUGACAAGAUCAGACGAGGACCAAGAAGAAGAAGAAGAAGAAGAAGAAGAAGAAGAAUCCUAUGGAUUGAUUAAACUGAAGCCCUGGAUAGCCAGCAUGAUUUCGUUGAUCUUCGUCUUUGUUUUUGGCGGAUUCCUGACCGAAGUCGUUGUCGACCUUUCCAAGACCAGUGUGGGUAAGUUGAGACCCUCGUUCCUAACCGUGUGCCUGGCUAAUACGUCACAAGCUGACUGCCAACAAGGCUACGUCACAAAAGACGUUUGCACCGGAGAUCCCUAUGACGUCAAAAUGGCCAGGCUGUCUUUUCCAUCUGGUCACUCUGCCAUUUCCAUGUAUGGAAUGCUAUUUCUUGCAUUUUAUAUUCACUCAGCCGUGAAAACAGAAACCAAGUUGAUGAAGCCAUUGCUGCAGAUUGUACUGGUGUCUUUGUCACUGUUUGUUGGAUUGAGUCGACUGGCUGAUAAUUCGCACUUCUUGACAGAUGUUAUGGCGGGUUUCAUCCUCGGAGCCAUCUUUACUUGGCUAAUUGCAUGCAAGGUCUUGAAGCUUUUUGCCAUUCGGGUCCGCAAGCCGAAAGUUUACACGUUGUUGCCACAAUAGAGGCAAACCUCUAUCAAGGAGAUUGAAUAAUGCCAAUGCAUAUGCGUGAUUUGUAAAGAUACAAUAACACUGCAUAGAGCGAUUUUCAUUUGAGUGUCGUAAAGUGAUUGGUUUUAAAUCAAAGCGUUAAAUAAUUGACUUAAAAUACUGGCGCCACUUUUUCAUCCAAUCUGAAGUAAGACUACAACCAAUCGUGACUCGCUCAAACACGUUUUCCCGC